GUGAAUAAAACUGAUAAUGCUCGCGUAAGGACGUAUAAAACAGAAACUACGAUGACCAUUCAUAGUUCCACUCAAGUGGCAGGGUAAAUACAUUCUCAAUUUCAAAUUAGGUGUAGAGUGAGUUAUUGCGUUGACCAAUCGAGAAGAAAAAAAUAAGUUUCUCUUUUUUCGAUCUAAUAUUCAUAAAUCAUAAUUUGUAGGAAGUGUUACUGUGAUUCUAAUACACAAAAUGCCACCGCAUCAAACCACCGUAUCUUCGGUGCCAUCUUUAAGAAUUGCCAUCAUAGGACAAAGUGCGUUUGCCGUUGAUGUUAUGCACAAAUUGAAACAACACGGCCACGCUAUUGUUGGUGUUUUCACAAUUACAGACAAGGGAAAAAGAGAAGAUCCACUAGCUAAAGCUGCAGCAGAAUGCGAUAUUCCUGUGUUCAAAAUAAAAGCAUGGCGAAAAGCUGGUAAACCACUACCAGAAGUUUUGGAUCAAUACAAAAGUGUCAGUGCAGAUUUAAAUGUGUUACCUUACUGUUCCCAGUUCAUCCCGAUGGAUGUUAUCAACUAUCCUAGAUUAAAAAGUAUUUGUUAUCAUCCCUCAAUUUUGCCCAGACAUAGAGGAGCAAGUUCUAUCAACUGGACUUUGAUUUGUGGUGAUAAGAAAGCAGGAUUGACCAUAUUUUGGGCCGACGACGGUCUUGAUACAGGUCCGAUCCUUUUGCAAGAGGAAUGCGAUGUGGAAGAGAACGAUACAGUGGAUACACUGUAUAAACGUUUUUUGUACCCAGUAGGUGUUUCGGCGGUUGCUAGAUCUGUUGAUAUGGUAGCAGACGGUAGUGCUCCUAGAAUAAUCCAGAGCGAAAAGGGAGCUACUUAUGAUCCAAUGCUGAACAAACCCGAAUUACAAAAGAUUGACUGGACCAAAACAGCAUCAGACCUUCACAAUUUCAUCCGCGGUAUGGAUUCCGUACCAGGAGCAAGCUGUUUGAUGAAAUUACCCGGAUCUGACGAUUUCCAGGAAGCUUUACUUUUCGGAUCGAGUCUUUGGAAAGCCGCGAUCCCCAUUGGUAAAUACAUAGAAAUCGAAGGUGCCAAAUCGGGAAUAAUACACGAAGAAGGACUUUUGCUUGCAGGAUCUGACGGGGAAUAUGUCAAUGUUAAAAGAGUUAAAAUAAACGGACGAAUGAAAAAUGCUGCAACUUUAGAUCAAAUAACUAAACAAGUCGAAAUAGAAUUCACAGCAGAAGAAAAGAUUCAAAUAGAAUGUGUGAGAACGAUUUGGGAAGCCAUAUUGAACAUAGAUAUCGAGGACGAUACAGAUUUUUUUGCUAGCGGAGGUGGAUCCAUGGAUGUUGUGAGACUUGUCGAAGAGGUUAAGGAAGUAUUCAAGACAGAAUUGGAAAACGAGGACGUAUUUAUGGCGCCUACUUUUUCGGAAUUUUGUUUGAACGUUGUACAAAAAAGUCGCGGCGGUAACCAGCAAUUAGAAGUUGUAUACAAAGCCGUCGAAAUUGAAGCUAAUAAUAUGAAAUUACGUUUCCCUUGCCAAUUGUUCAUUAAUGGAGAAUUCGUCGACGCCGAAAAUGGAAAAACCUCACCUACCGUUAAUCCUGCAACAGAAGAAACUAUUUGCGAUGUUGCUUGGGCUUCGAAAAACGACGUCGACAAAGCCGUUAUGGCCGCUAAAAACGCAUUUGAAAACGGCGAAUGGAGUAAAAUUAGUGCCAGAGAAAGGGGACUUAUGCUCUACAGGCUUGCAGACUUGAUGCAACAACACAAAGAAGAACUAGCCACAUUAGAAUCUAUAGAUUCGGGAGCCGUUUACACAUUGGCUUUGAAAACCCACGUCGGAAUGAGUAUCGAAACCUGGAGAUACUUCGCAGGUUGGACAGAUAAAAUUGAAGGAUCUACUAUACCUGUAUCGCACGCAAGACCCAACAGAAAUCUGUCGUUCACAAGGAAAGAACCGAUAGGUGUAUGCGGAUUGGUAACACCGUGGAACUAUCCGUUAAUGAUGCUUUCGUGGAAAAUGGCGGCUUGUUUGGCAGCUGGCAAUACCGUUGUAAUCAAACCGGCACAAGUGUGUCCUUUAACUGCUCUGAAGUUUGCAGAAUUGUCUGUUAAAGCCGGAAUCCCACCUGGUGUCAUAAAUGUCGUAACUGGAUCAGGGUCAGUAGCUGGUCAAGCGAUAGCUGAUCACCCACAAGUGAGGAAAUUAGGUUUUACUGGAAGUACUGAAAUCGGUCAGGUGAUAAUGAGAAGUUGCGCUGAUUCUAAUUUGAAAAAAGUAUCAUUAGAACUGGGAGGAAAAUCGCCGCUUGUUAUUUUCUCGGAUUGUGACCUCGACAAAGCAGUGAGACUAGGUAUGCAAAGUGUAUUUUUCAACAAAGGAGAGAAUUGCAUAGCAGCCGGUCGUUUAUUCGUAGAAGACAGUAUUUACGAUGAAUUUGUAAGACGUGUGGUACAAGAAACGAGAAAAAUUCAAAUUGGUGAUCCGCUGAGUAGAUCUACAUCACACGGGCCCCAAAAUCACUUAGCGCAUCUGAAGAAAUUGAUUGAAUACGUUGAAAUAGGACUAAAAGAAGGUGCUAAAUUGGAAUACGGCGGUAAAAGAUUGAAUAGAAAAGGAUAUUUCUUCGAACCUACAAUAUUAAGUAACGUCGAGGAUGAUAUGUUCGUGGCAAAAGAAGAAUCUUUUGGACCAAUUAUGGUUAUAAGUAGAUUUAAUAACGGUGACAUCGAUGGGGUUUUGAAGAGGGCUAAUGCUACUGAAUACGGUUUAGCUUCGGGAGUGUUUACAAAAGAUAUUUCAAAGGCUUUAAGAUUUGCAGAAAGAAUCGAAGCCGGUACAGUUUUCGUAAACACCUACAAUAAGACGGAUGUCGCAGCUACUUUUGGAGGAUUCAAACAAUCAGGAUUCGGAAAGGACUUAGGUAAAGAAGCACUGAACGAAUACUUGAAAACUAAAUGUGUCACCAUCGAAUAUUGAUUUUAGAUUACCUUAAAACGUAUUAAUUGUGUUUAAUUUAAUAAUAAUUUUUUAUACAUUAGAUGUAUUUUAUUUAACUCGUACGUAAAUAAAACAAAUUUUUAACUAUAAA